GUGCUCACAAAAUCAGUCUCUUGAUUGAUCUGGAGGGUUUCCUCCAUUGUUUUUGACCUCACACGCUCCAGCUGCGUCUCCUUUCGUGCUGGAUUGCUUCUCCCUCUCUUAGACCAGUGAUUACUCGUCUUUAUUCUCACCCCGUACGGGGUCUCAGCGGCCACGAUGACUUCCCUCAAACAAUUCAUUCGUAAUGUCCGGUCCGCGAAGACAAUUGCAGACGAGCGUGCCGUCGUGCAAAAGGAGAGUGCCGCAAUUCGGGCCUCCUUUCGAGAGGAAAGCCAUGACUCGAACGUUCGGAGAAACAAUGUUGCGAAGCUACUCUACCUGUUCACUCUAGGAGAACGGACACAUUUCGGUCAGAUCGAAUGUCUGAAACUACUUGCGUCUCCGCGCUUCGCCGAUAAGCGAUUGGGUUAUUUGGGCACUAUGCUUCUGCUGGAUGAGAACCAAGAAGUCUUGACUUUAGUGACCAAUUCUCUACAAAAUGAUCUGAAGCAUUCCAACCAAUAUAUCGUCGGCCUCGCCCUAUGUACUUUGGGAAACAUUGCGUCCGUUGAGAUGUCUCGAGAUUUAUUCACCGAGGUAGAAUCAUUGAUCACUACGGCGAACCCCUAUAUUCGACGGAAAGCUGCAUUAUGUGCUAUGCGUAUAUGCCGCAAAGUCCCCGACUUACAAGAACACUUCUUGGAGAAGGCCAAGAUACUCCUAUCCGAUCGCAAUCAUGGGGUUCUACUCUGCGCAUUGACUUUGGCUAUCGAUCUCUGUGAACAUGCCGAGGAAUUCGAUGAAGGGCCCGAAGACGUGGUUGAAAGUUUCCGCCCCUUGGCAGCUCCACUCGUCAAGGUCCUCAAGAGCUUGACUACAUCGGGAUAUGCUCCGGAGCACGAUGUCUCUGGCGUGACUGAUCCAUUCUUACAGGUCAAGAUACUUCGUUUCUUACGUGUACUAGGAAGAGGUGAUGCGGCCACGAGCGAGCUCAUCAACGAUAUCCUUGCCCAGGUGGCUACAAACACGGAGUCGUCGAAGAAUGUCGGUAAUGCAAUUCUGUAUGAAGCGGUCCUUACGAUUCUGGACAUAGAAGCCGACUCUGGUUUGCGCGUUUUGGGUGUUAAUAUACUGGGGAAAUUCCUUGCAAAUAAAGACAACAAUAUCCGAUAUGUUGCGCUGAACACGCUCAUCAAGGUGGUCGCGGUGGAGCCAAAUGCAGUGCAAAGGCAUCGAAAUACCAUUCUAGACUGCUUGCGAGAUCCCGAUAUCAGUAUUCGUCGACGCGCGCUAGACUUGAGCUUCACAUUGAUCAACGAGGGCAAUGUCCGUGUCCUCGUUCGUGAACUCUUGGCUUUCCUCGAGGUCGCCGACAACGAAUUCAAACCUGCCAUGACGACCCAGAUCGGAAUUGCUGCAGAUCGGUUCGCUCCUAAUAAGCGAUGGCAUGUUGAUACUAUGCUUCGAGUGUUGAAACUCGCUGGUGGCUAUGUGAAGGAACAAAUUCUUUCAUCAUUUGUCCGUCUCAUUGCUACCACGCCCGAGUUGCAGACGUACGCUGUGCAGAAGCUAUACGCCUCAUUAAAGUCCGAUAUAACUCAAGAAGGUCUGACGCUUGCUGCUGCAUGGGUAAUUGGUGAAUAUGGAGAUGCUCUUCUGCAAGGGGGUCAAUAUGAAGAGGAGGAGCUAGUCAAGGAAGUCCAGGAAAGUGACAUUAUGGACUUAUUCACCAACAUUCUCAACAGCACGUACGCUACUCAGAUUGUCACAGAAUAUAUAACCACAGCAGUCAUGAAACUCUCAGUUCGCAUGUCAGAUCCAUCGCAAAUAGAGCGGGUGCGACGAUUCCUGGCCAGUCGCACAGCUGACUUGAACGUGGAAGUGCAGCAGAGAGCUGUUGAGUAUAGCAAUUUGUUUGGGUAUGACCAAAUCCGCCGUGGAGUACUGGAGCGAAUGCCAGCCCCAGAGAUCCGAGAGGAACAAAGGGUGCUCGGAGAGCCAACCAACAAGCGCCAAAGCCGGAUGCUCAAGGACAAAUCCAAGAAACCAGUCAAACAGUCCGAAGAUAUGCUUCUCGACCUUAUCGGCGGCUCGGACGUCCCAUCAGUCUCAAGUCCCACGGGCGCGAAUGGAGUAUCGGCAAACACGGCGGAUCUGCUGGCGGAUAUCCUUGGUGGUGGAAGCGGUACAUCUUCACCUGCUCCACCAGCAGCAACAAGCAACACAGCCGCUAUAAUGGACCUCUUCGGAUCCAACGGUACACCACCACCGGCUCGUCCUCAAACUCAGUCACCACUACCUACUUCCGCUUCUCAAGAUCUUCUCGGAGGACUCGGUGGUCUAGCAAUAUCUACUCCACCACCUCCUACAGCAGCAGCAGCAGGUGGACACACAGCAUUCAACAAAAACGAUCUACUCCUCACUUUACAAGUACAAAGAAACGCCAGCGGGUCUGGUGCUCAAGUCCUAGUACGAUUCCGUAACCAAUCCGAUUUCACGCGAAUAACGAAUGUGGGAUUACAAGCCGCAGUUCCCAAGAGUCAGAGAUUACAAUUGAGUGCUAUCACCAAGGCGGAUCUUGGUGGAGGCGAGGAGGGUACGCAAGUCAUGAAGAUUGCUGCUGUUAGCGGGGCACUACCGCCUAAACUCCGACUUCGUCUCCGUAUUACAUACGGCAAAGAUGGAGCGAGCCCGGUUACUGAACAAGUAGACUGGUCAGAAUCAUGA